UCAACGCAAUCCCAAGCGUCAUAGUUUUAGAGCGAGAGAAUAGCAGCUAAAUAUACUGCGCUUCUGCGUUGAUGGAUAACUUUAUGCAGAGCGGUCUUUACGAGGGUUUAAACACACAGGCUUCCCUAGGACUCUAGUGAAUCAGUCGAUCUUUGUGUUGGUUGUAAACCAGUAUAAAACAUCUAGAAUUACAACCAAUCCAGGAAUAAGAAUUUAAGCACAAGCUAGAUAAUUCAUAUGAGCUCACACCAGAAGAAUACAGAGUAAGCCAAGAAUGCAUGAGAGAGAGCUUCUUAUACAGAUGUUUACCUUUCUCAAGUUUUGCCAUAGCGGUCACUCAUAUAUUAAUUCGUAAAGGAAUUAUUACAUCUCAUCCGAAGUUUGGCGCUGUACCAAAAAUGGCAUUUGCAGGCAUCUGUGGAUGGUUUGCUGGGAAGAUAUCUUAUAUAAAUGUAUGCAAACAGAAGUUUAUGAACCUAGAGAAUUCACCACUGGGAGAAAUUAUGAAGAAUGAAUUACAAUUUAAAAACCAGCACUUAAAACCUUCAAGACGAUCCUCCUCUCCUGAAAGGUCUCCAGCAACAGAUACGCCACAGACUCCAAGCUUCUACGAAACAGUCCCAUUUAGCUCUUCCAUGAAUGAGUCUGCUCCAAGUGGAAUUACAGACAGCAUCCCGCAAGAACCUGAACUUCAGGAAGAAGCUCCCAAAAAGAAAAGAAUCACAUAUGAAGAACUCAGAACUAGAAACAGAGAAGGAUAUGAGGCAGGAAUAAUGCAGAAAUCUGAACCUCAAGCAACCCCACCACCAGUAAAGGAAAAAGCUAAGGUUAAUAAGUAUGGAGAUGUUUGGGAAGAGUGAAAAUUUUGCACUUCCUCAAGACCUGUCUUUGGACCAUUAUUUCGGCUUAAUCACUGUUGGUAAAAUAGCUGACUGUUCUACUGUCAAAUGGAGAUAUAAUACAGCUACAAUAAAGAUACGUUUGUUUCCCUUUUUCACUCA